UCUUCCUCACCCACUCUGGGUUGAAGGAAAUUCAUAGAUUGAAGCCAUGUACGAACCUCAAACCCACCACAGAUCCAAAAGGGGCAACACCAAUCUAGCUUCAUGCAUUGUAGCUACCAUUUUCUUGAUCCUUAUCGCUGUAGCCGUCGCCAUCGUCUACUUCCUCGUCUUCAAACCAAAGAAUCCCAAGAUCGCCGUCGACUCUGUUCAGUUUCCGACCUUUUCGAUCUCCAACGGCACCGUCAACUUUACCUUCUUCCAGUUCGUCUCCGUCACAAACCCCAACCGUGACGCCUUCACUCACUACGACAGCUCACUUCAGCUUGCCUACUCCAAUGCACCUGUCGGUUUCAUAUUCAUCCCCGCCGGGAAAAUCGACGGCGGCCGUACACAACACAUGUCGGCAAAAUUCGCCGUCCAGUCUUUUCCUAUUCCUGCGAGGCCACCGCCGAUGACAGCGGAGGCGGUUGGUGGAGCGGAAUUAGGGAUGGCAGGACCGACAAUGGAGAUCGAGACGAGGAUGAAAUUGGUUGGUAGGGUUAGGGUUUUGAAGAUUUUCACACACAGAGUUGAGAGCGGGGUGAAUUGUGGAGUUGCGAUUGAGCUACAAGAUCUGUGCAUACGAAGAUCCCUGUUUCAAAUUUGAAAACAAGAAUGAUGAUUCGAGUCCAGGUAAGAUCUCAAAUUCCUUUCCCUUAAAUACCGGGUAAGAUCUUCGGCUAUCAAGAUGAUAUAGUAAG